AUGUCAAGAGAAGUUCCUCCCAAGCCACAUGGUUUCGCAUACCUCAGACAAGCGCCCUAUUUCAUGUUCUCAUGUGGCAACAGUUUUACCCGCAAGUCUCAUCUCCAGUCCCACAUGCUGAUCCACACCGAUGAGCGGCCCGUGCAGUGCAGAAUGUGUGACAAAAAGUACAGGGUCAAAAGCUCACUUAUCAGGCACAUGAAAGUACACCUCCAGGAAAAGCGUUACAGUUGCACAAAGUGCUGUUGUAAAUUUCGGUUUAAAAAUGCGCUAAGGAACCACAUGGUGGAGCACCGAACUCAGGAAGAAUCAAGUAAAAAGAUCAGACGUGGACAGCGUACAGCUGCUGCUGCUGCUGCUGCUUCUACUGCUGCUAUGGUUGAUGAAACAUCUGCAUUUGAGACCAAUGAAUAA